UCAGAAAUGGCCACAAAUGCUGCUGAAGAGAAAGGAACUGCGAUAUUUCUUGAUGUUUUUAGACGAGCUGAUAAAAGUGACAGUGGCUUCAUCAGCUGGGAGGAAUUUGUGAUGCACUUUGCUGAUGGUGUGAUGGGCAAGGAAGAACUGAAGGCCAUAUUUGAUGAAAUUGAUACACACAACACAAACUCUAUUGACACUGGAGAACUGUGUUCGUAUUUCUCCAAACAUCUUGGCGAAUUCCGGUGUAUUUUCGCAAGUGUUGAAGACCUGUCUGCCAAAAUAACCAAUGCUCUCUUUGCAACUGCGCCUGUCUAUGAAAAGAUGAACAGAACUGAGAAGUUUGUGCGACGGUUUCUUCUUCGUGAAACAAUCAACCAGUUAUCUGCCCUUCAGCUGCCAGUGGAAGCCGCGUCGGAUCACCUUGACUAUCAAGCCAGAGAAGAGAGAAAGGACAUCCUGCCUGUGGAAGUGGACCAGUUCACUAAGGCACCAGGCAGUGUUAUUCCAGGUCGGAUUGUACGUCGAGCAAAGAGACAGGUCAGCUCACAGAGUACCGGCUCAGAAAUCUAUGAAUACACAGAAGGCGGUGUUGUUGGGCUGAACCAGCAAGUUGACAGACUAGCGUCACUGGUUGACAAGCUGGAGCACAAAGUGAAUUUUGAAGGUUUCACAGAUGAAGAGUUAGUCACUGAACCAGAUUCCCUUGUGUUAAUGGUACAGAGGGAUUUCAACGUCAGGGAUUCACACAUCGAUGAUUUCCGCAAAAGUCUUCGCUCGUAUGUUGAGGCGGUGCAGGGCAUUGGAGGAUGUCUCAAUGUGUGUGUCCGAAACUUCCAAAACACUGGCAGAUUCUCUAUGUAUGAAAUCUGGGAGUCGGAAGAAAAACAACAAAAGUCAGCGGACACAGAUGCUGUUAGAUCAUUCAACAAUGAUAAUAAGCAGAAUCUCCAGACUGAUGAAGUCUCCAGUUCAAUAUCGGUCCCAGCAAACUGGUGGAAGCGCGAUGUGUAAAGGUGAACUGAAUUGAUCACUACACACUACUUUCCGUAAGGUCACACUGGUUAGCAAACAUGUACCAUAUGUUUGUUACACUGCAGUUAUUUGAUAGUGCUCACACUUAAUGUAUACUAUUUCCAUGUUGUAGUUCAUUGAUGUAUCAUUGCAAUACUCCCAAGUGAUGGAUGUCAUUGUCUGUGUGUUUUGAGAUAAUGCAUUCUGCAGUUUUGGGCAUGUCUGGAACAGAACACUGGCAGUGUCGGAGGUUAUGUCCACAACAGUCGUGCUUGCACAGUUCUCUGAUGGAAGAAUGUCAAAAAUUACCUCCACGUACAGUUUUUGUGGUUCAAGGGCUUUAGAACUGGGGGAGGAUCUAAGGAGACUAAAAUGACUAAAGUUACCACUUUUACCCACUCUUUGAAGUCAGGGGGUGGGGGGGGGGGGGGGGGGGCAUGGUGGCUCAAAAGCCAUGGUCUACCAUUUUUAUCCCACCCUGAUUUUAAAAAGGUAAACGCCUAUCACUGGCUGAGCAGAAUAUUACACCAAAUAAUCUAUUAAACUGUAGAAAUCCAGUUAUUUUCCAACAAAAUUUCAAUUAUUACAUAAAAUUAUUUCACCAUAUACAAAUAAAAUUGACCAAAUGGGGUUUUUUUUAAAUUGCAAGCGGGUGAAUUUGGCAAGUGCCAGAGCUAGUCCUGAUAAAACAAAUUGUCAAAAUAUUAUCUAAUGAAAUACAAAACUAAAAUGAUCUUCAGUUCAAAUUUCAUCUGGUAAUUUAUGAUCCAUUCUUCUCUUUCAUUUGGCUUUAUUCGCUAAUCUGUGUCACAUAAAAUAAAAAAUGUAUUAUUCUCCAUUAUAACUUUAAAAAGGGGGGCAUUAUUCCGACUGGUUUAUAGUAUAAGGUUUUGAAAACAUUUGACAGAUUUGUCUGUUUUAUUUGUGGUUACAUGUAUGUUGUGUCGGACAUAUGGUUAUGGUUGACACACAUAAUGAGAGAGGAAACCUGCUGUCACAAUGCCAUGAGCUACU